AUGGCGUCAGUUUACAUGAAUUUUGGCCGUGUUGACACCACUUUCCUCGCCAGGGCGGGAGGCCAAAAGGAGGGGUCAUGGCCCAACAUCUCAAUAGCAGACAUAUCAAAAAGUUUCUGGAUACACCACGGGCCUCGCUUGCCAAGCAAGGAGUUCGUUGAGGCCGUUAAGGACCAUCUGGCCGCCCACCUGGUUGCCGUACUGAUGACGUUGCCGGGUGAGACUCCAGAGCGGUGCAGCCAGAUAUCUCGUCCGUACGGCACGAGCUUCGUCAAGACCCUGACCCUGCUGAACGCGCUCACACUCGGUUUGGACGUAUUUUUCCUUGAUAGUGAUCAGGUCUUCUUCCGAAACCCCUUGCCGUACAUCGUCUCCCGCGACAUUGACGUACUUGUGACGGGCGACUGCAGCUCCAGGCUGGACACCGUACCUCAAAGUCACUUCCCGUCAAACAUCAAAACGAACAUCGGUUUGUUGUACAUGCGCUCCAAGCCUCUGGUCAUUCGCGCGGUGAUCAACUGGCUGCAGUACAUUGUACGGCGGGCUCCGAGUGAGCGGCCCGUACUGGACCAAACCUCCUUCUCGGGGGCCAUGGAGGGGGUCAGCGGGGAAGUGGGGGAGAAGGCCAUGUCGCUGGCGCUCCUGAGGUCCGAGUACUUUCCCCACUGGUGCAUUGCGGAGUGCGGAUGUGACACGGAGGGUAUGGACCUGGGGCAGCCGGGCUGGGGAGUGCGGCGGAGGGGGGACGGCACCUGCGAGACCGAGCUCAUGCGGCGUUGGUAUAACUUCCACGUUCCAUGCACUCAGGGAAUGGACUACAAGGUACGGAACCUGCUCGAGCUGCUGUACAUGUACAUAACCCGCGUGGGCCCUGUCAACAGCCUCUCCGAACCAGUGGACGUCAUCUAG